UAGUGUAGAAUACGUGACAUGCUGAAUGUAUAAUGGACAAAGAAAUGAACAGGACUGUUGAAACAUAGGUUCAAUUUUAUUUCAGCAUAAACCUGCAGACCAUGGAGAAGUUAAAAUGUCCAAUUUCAAUGGAAUCUGCCUUCUUUCUCUUGGUGCUGUCCUGCUCUGUACUUCUCAAUCUCAUGGAUGGAUAUUCACUGAAGGACUGCACGGUCAAAGGCUCUUUAAACUCCACAUCUAUGAAAGUGUUCUGCUACAAAAGGCAGCUACGUGCUGUACCUGAAAGCAUACCAUGCAAAGCGAGGGUGCUGGACAUUUCCUACAAUAAAAUAUCCGUGAUAAAGAGGAACGAUUUGGGAGACUUAACCAAUCUUCACAACUUAAAUGUCAGUAACAACAUGAUCGAAGAUGUGGAGGACGGGGCUUUCAGAGGUUUAGCUGCCUUACAGGAACUGAAUCUUGCCUACAACAGACUCAUAACCAUCUCAGGAGGAUUCUUCCAGGAUCUGUUUAAUCUCACUGAGCUUCGACUGAAUGAAAAUCACAUUUCAGAUAUCAGUUCAUCUGCUUUUGUUCCUCUAAUCCGCCUGGUAAUGUUGAAUUUGUCAGGAAAUCAUCUACAAUACAUACACAAAGCACAACCUGUUUUUCAGAUGCCCCGUAUUCAGGAGCUGCAUAUUGGGAAAAAUGGAUUUUCCUCCUUUGAAACAUGCCAGGCUUCAAAUGCGUCCUUGCGACUGCAAGUCCUAGAUCUCUCCCACAAUCCUUUGCAGUCAUUCAGGAUCACAGCCGAUAUUUUUCCUCACCUGGAAACAUUAGACCUGGCAUUCAAUAAAGUCAGUGUGAAGUGGGACGUGCAGGACAAAAACUACUUCAGAAAUGUUGACAGACUCAACUUGAGUGGAAUACAAACAGGGUUAAGGGAGAUGAAGAUAAUGCUGCAAACCUUUAACUUGACGCUAUCUAAUCUCAGACUGUACUACUUGGGAGAGCAGAAAGCAAAAUCACUUGCUAAGGAAGCUUGCCUGAUUAACUCACUGACGACCCUACGUUUGGAAUCAAACAACAUCAACUCCAUAUCUGAAAACGAACUGAGAAACUGCUCAAAUUUGAGAGUGCUGGACUUGGCUGAAAACGAUCUCACUGAAAUAACAGCACUAGCAUUUAAAUCAAUGACUAAACUUAAUACUCUGAGUCUUUCCCAUAAUAAGUUGAGUAAUGUUCCCAUUGCCAUUAGAAACCUUUCCAGCUUGGAGGUCUUAGAUCUCAGCUACAAUUCCAUAACUACUCUAACCUGCUCAGAUUUUACCAAUCUAACACGAUUAAUGAUGGUUCAUAUUUACAGGAAUCAUUUGUCCUCUGUGGAACAUUGUGCUUUUCAAGACCUUCAUAAUUUGAAGACACUUAUUACUGAUUCAAAUGCACUGUAUACUUUAAAAGGAUAUUUAAUGAGUGGUCUCGAAAACCUGACGUAUUUGUCAUCAGCACAAAACAAACUAGGUAUGAUCAACAGGGCUGAUUUUAAACAUUUGCAGUCCCUCAUACAUUUGCAUUUACCAGACAAUCAAAUAAAAAGUAUUGAGGCAGGAGCGUUUCAAGGAUUACAGAAACUCGAUUUGCUAAAUCUGCAAUCAAACAAGAUCACGCAGACUUCAAUAAGUGCUUCUGUUUUUUCAGGACUCCCAAAUCUUAAGGAACUUAUGUUAAAUAAUAAUUGCAUAUGGUACUCAAGCCAGGACAGCCUCAGUGAGCCACCCUUUAAAAAUCUGAAUUCUUUAUAUAUUCUAGCCAUUUACAGCCAGGUCAAUGAUGGAAUGAAGAACAUUCCCUCAAAUUUUUUGGAAGGAUUGACAUCUUUAAAAAUAUUCUGGGCUGGAAAUCUCAAUUUAAACUCUCUGCAUCCUGACACCUUUACUUACACCCCUGAUCUGUGGAUAUUGGACCUCAGCAAAAAUUAUUUAACAACAAUCUCCCCUGACAUAUUCAUGCCACUUAAAAAACUCAGCAGUCUCACCAUGAUUCAGUCAGGGAUUCAAUCACUGGAUUUCCUUAUUGAAGCAAAUCUCAAUGAAAUACAAGUUUUAUUGAUCAGAAAAAAUUCAAUAGCGGUCAUCAAUGAGACUCUGAUUGAGACCCUUUCAGGGUUGUUCUUUCUGGAUCUCCAAGGAAAUGAAUUUUCAUGUGACUGUGAUAACGCCUGGUUCAUUGACUGGGCAGUCAGUAACAACAACACACAAGUUUUAAAAGUUGAUGCGUUGAAGUGCAACUACCCACCAAAUUUUAGAGGAAAUCUGCUUAUAGAUCUUGACAAAGACUCAUGUGUUGUUGAUGUGGGACUGUUAUGUUUUGUCUGCACCACAUCUUUUGUUCUUCUGACCCUGCUCAGUUCUUUCCUCUACCAUUUCUUGAAGUGGCAGGUUGUCUACACCUACUAUCUGUUCCUGGCUUUUCUUUAUGACAAAAAACAGCAGAAAAAACAAACCAUCCAAAGCUUCCAGUAUGAUGCUUUCAUAUCCUAUAAUACCCACGAUGAACUGUGGGUUAUGAAGCAGCUGUUACCAAAACUGGAGGGAGAGCAGGGCUGGAGGUUGUGUUUGCACCACAGAGACUUCCAGCCAGGUAAACCCAUCAUGGAUAACAUUGUGGAUGGGAUCUAUAGCAGCCAGAAGACAAUCUGUGUGAUCAGUCACCACUACCUGGAGAGUGAUUGGUGUUCUAGAGAAAUCCAGGUGGCCAGUUUCCGACUCUUUGACGAGAAGAAAGACGUUCUCAUCCUGGUGUUCCUGGAAGAAAUUCCACCACAUCAGCUGUCUCCAUAUUACAGGAUGAGGAGCCUAAUCAAGAAGCGUACCUACCUUACCUGGCCUAAACCAGGAGAGGACAUUCAGGUCUUCUGGCAGAAACUUGAUGCGGCUCUGGAGGCCAAAGAGGAUUCUUAAGAUGAAAGGCCUAUACUUGAUUAGGAGAGAGGUGAGAAUGCCAAGGUACUACACAACAUUAUGAUGCUGUGUGGUGAAAAGGGAAUGAACUAUUUAGAGAAUUGUUUUACUUUUAUUAAAACUCAUAACAUAUCGAAGAACAUUUAUUCUGCCAGCUGAAAUUCUAGAUCAUCAGUAGCUUUUGAUGCUUGUUUAAGCAAAUCAUUUGCUUAAUUUUUCAUGUGCACCAACGCAAAGUGUUUUAAAACAUUCUCCCACUUUAAAGCAAAUGAAGCAAAUCUGAGCAGUUUGCUGUGUGAUUUCUUCAGGGGGUUCCUACAAAGUGAAUUCCCUAAGAUAUUGAAUUAACCCGGGCUUGUUCACUGUGUUGGCUCCAUGGUUUCCAUGUGAAUUAAUCACUAUUAAUGUGUUUCGUAAAUAGCUUGUCAGUUUGAUAUGAAGUUUUUCUUUCAUUUUAUUCCUCUAAGCAAGAUCUAGGUUCUGCCACAUACAAUAUUGUGGUGACACUUCGCAUUCCUAGCCUGUGUAAAAUUAAACUAGAAAUGCUUGUGAAAAAAGACCAAUUCACAAUUAAUCUAAAUGCUCUUUUAUGUAUUAAAAAUAUUCUUCUUUUAAUGAUAAUUAUUUAUUAUUUAUCAAAAGAAGGUUUGUGUAUGAAGAUGAACUGUCAUGGGAUGCAGUCAGUGUUUAAUUAAAAAUUUCCAAAUCAGUUAACAUGUUCAAGCACAUUUGCUUUUGUCACUAUUAGCCUAUAAGCAUGAUUUAUGAAUGUAAAUAAACAUUUUUGUCACAAGCAGCACUUUUACUGCUGGUUUUUUUCAUUGAUUGAAAGAGUAGCCAGUCAUCUGGUAAAAGGGCAGGAGUGGAUCUCUUGACGAGCAUCAGCAAGCUGUUUCUGUGCGUAAUCCACCUCCCCCUUUUCAGUUAAAUCUCUCUGACAGGUACUUCCAAGGGGAGGACUGGGACCCCUGAUUAAUCUCUUGGACCCCCUAAAUAUCAGUUCAAGAAAUAACAAGGAACAAAACAGUAGAGUAUUCUUGAGUAUUCAUGAGAAAUUACUUAAAAACAUGAGAAAGUACUUAAGAACAUGAGAAAUUACUUAAAAAUUUUAAAGCUGGAUUAAGUUAGUUUGUGUGGCUGCCCAGAUAAACAGCUUUACAUAUAAUUUUCUCAUCUAGGCUCUACCUUUUGCACAGCAUUGUGUAUAUUCAUAUAUUAUCAUGCUUGGAAGUAUUGAAAGAAUGUAUUAAUGUAAAUUUGGCAUACAUGUUACACUAUACAUUUGCUUAUAGUAUGUGUCACGAUUGGCCCCUCCCAGUCCUGUCCAUGUGUUCCUGUUGUGUUUUGGUUUAGGCCUUGUGUUUUUGUUUUGGUUUUUAGUCCAGCCCCCUCGUUUCAUGACUCCACCCCUCUCCCUUAUUUACCCUGUGAUUAUUUAAGCCCUAUGUUUGCCACUAGUUGUCACUGGUCUUUGUUGUUUGUAAUGUAUGAUGUGCUUUGCUUGUACUGUUCUUCUAUUGGAUUUGUUUGACUGUUUUGAAAUUUUGUCAUGUCUGAUUCUCGUGUGCUUCGUGUUGGAUAUCUGAACCUGGACUGUCUCGACUACGACCCUGGAUUUGCCCUGAAUAAAAGUUGCUUAUCUCCGCA